UGCACUUGAGAGCUGCCCAGGCAAGAUUCAAUUUUUUGUCCUUGCCCCUCUUUGAAAUAGGUUGUGUGCAUUCCAUUAAACAGAUCCCAGGGACAGGGAACAUGAGCAUUAUGUUCUGGAUGUUGGAAAACACUUGGGCCAAGAUCCUGUGGAGGAGAGCAAGAAGCUGUAGGUCAUUCUCAAAGUAUGCUAAAUAUCUCAAUUUUUUAUUUAUUUUUUUUAAACUAAAAUAAAAUCUAAGUUUUUACAAAAAGCACACACAUUUAGUUAGUUCCUAAUUUUAUUCUUGAGGGUGCUCCUGCACAAAAUUUCACUAGUAUAGAUUGUUUGAUAAAGAGAAUUGUAACAGCUAUGGCUUAGGAUAUUUGCAUAUCUUGCUGUUCUCCACACUGUGAAUGCACUCACGGGUUGUUCCCUGUCCUCUAUGGGAUGUAAUUUGUUUAUGGGCUGCCUGUGCUAUGGAGUUUUAUCCCUUUAGCUGUAUUUGUGUGUGUGGCUGAAGUGAAACAGCUUCUGCAGCUGGAUGGAGUCCUGGUCAGUCCCUGUUAGCUGCAUGUGUGAAUUUUAUGGAUUACACUGAACCAGGAAACAAGUUGUGAUUGUAUCAGAAAUCCAUCUUUACAUGUAUUUCCAGACUGUGUCAUUGCUACAGUAUCCAGCACAGCAAAUGCAUUUUGAGUGCAUUUUCUAUCAAGUAAAAUUGCAAAUUUAUCCUUUUCUGAGUCUCUGUAAUCUCUAUGUAAUCACAUAUUACAUUAAUCAUUACAUUCAAGUUUUCAAAAAUUUCUAAAGGAUAAAAAUCCCCAAACAUUUCACAUAAUUAUUCAAAAUAAUUCUAAUUAUUUUUCUCAUGAAUAUUCUAUCUUCAGUUUAUUUUAUGAACUGUACAAUAUAUUUUUACUCUGGACUGUUACCACUUGACAUGUUUUCUUGUCAUCUUAUAAUUAAAGUAUCCACAGGAAAACUUCAGUGUAGGUUUUACUGUGUUUUCUUUACAUACUGCCCAGUUCAGUGGUGAAAGGCAGAGCUCAGUGUGCUUCAGUCAGGGUGAAUAUGGGAAAUCACAGGGUAAAGUAGGGGCUCUUGUGCUGCACUGAGAUUUUGGAGGCUCAGAUCAUUUCUCAUUGAUCUCCCCAGUGGUUUUUUUUUAAUCUCUGCUUAUGCAUUUUGCUGGGCUGAAAUUUUUCUUUUUACCAUUUCCCAUGUCCUGAAAGAAAACCCAAUAAUUCUUCACAGUUUGAGUACCUUGUUGUUAGAGUUGGUGGGGUUUUACUUUGCAUUUGGAAAUUUCACUUUACCAUGUAAAAAGUCGAGCUGGUAUUAAGUACUUACAGCUUUGAUUUGUAGUCUUAAUACAAUUUGUAAUAUUUGGGUUAAACAAAAACAGUAUUUUAAAACUAAGCCCUUGCAGUCUUCCAUGAUAGAACUGAAAGGAGUUUAGAAUGAAUGAAAUAUAAAUUUAAUUUAUUUUAAAUGCCUUAGUUUUAUAAAAUGGUUAGUCUUCUAAAAGCUAUUAUUUCUUCUUCAGAAUUUUGCUUUCCAACUGUCUUUUUCUGUGCUGUAAAUGCAGUGCUCUAAUAAAGCCCUAAUAAUUCUGAUUGCUACCAAGUUUGGGAGUGUGCAGGAGCAAUUCAAUUUCCUGGAAAACAGUAACUCUUUGGUGAAAUUAAGCCCUGUAUUAGUGGCUGAGGGUGAAUAAUCACAGAACCACCACUGUGGCAGUGGAACUGCCUGUUCUAAUGGCCAUGUUAAUGUCCUGAAUGAAGCAGUCCAAAUUGUAUUUCAGAAUAUUAUGUCGUGGUCUGGGAGCCAAAUGUUGCCUCUGCAAAACUGGCACAUAUGUGAAAGCUUACAGUAAAGCAGAUUAAUAUUUUUAUUUUGGUCUAAGUAAGACCAAAUGCAAUUUUUUUGUGUGAAAUUAAAAAUGUUGCAAAUGUUACUUGCAGCAGCAGCAGCUGGUUACUUCACUUCUCACCUGUUCAAAGAGUCUGUAGGUUUAAAAAUGAGAAGUCUCAGAGGGGUUUAUUUUGCCACAGCUCAGUGCUGUACAAAAUAUAAAACAACUUACUGCUUUUCUAAGCAAGAGGAUUCCAAGAGCAAGGAGAAAAAGCUGCUGAUGGAGUCCUUUCAUUUGCUUAUUUGAUGCCAGAUGUUGCCAAAAUCUUUUACCCAGACCAUUUUACAUCUCCCCAAGGGAAUUGAACACUGAAAUUUUCACACUUGUAGCAGGUUCUUAGCUUUGUUCACUGAGGUGAUUUCAUGCCAGAGGUGUGGAAAAUGGGGUUCAUUGGGGAGAACUAAGAGUGAGGUAGAAAAUAAAAUAAUGUCACCACAGAUCUGGAAAUGCCAAUUUUGUUGUUAUGGAGCUGUGGCACAUUUUUAUGGAGUUGGUAACUUGGCAGUAACCUGGUUCCCUUGCCAGCAGCAAGGGGAUGCCAUGGAUGGCACUGAGAGGCAAAAGUUGGUGCUGGAAAGGGAAAUGAAACUCAGAUCUUGUUCUUGCAUGGUUGGUUCUCAUCCUUCACAGGAUCACAUUGUUUGGGGUUUGAUGUGGCAGCUGCUCCAGACCGUGGUGUUCUCAUUUUUUAGUACCUAGGUGUACAAAAGAGGUAUUUGCUGUUAAACCUGAGGGCUGUUUAAGUAUACAGAGAGUCAAAAGGUGAUUUUUGAAAAUGGAAGCUGAGCUUGAUGAUCACAGAGUCUCCCUUGCCCUGCUGUGCCCAGGGAUCUGCAGCUCUCUCUUUUGCAGCUGUUGGGAAAAUCAGGCAAAAAAGUAGAAUAUGGCAGCUUACUGCUGGUAUACUGAAAGGGGGAUCCAUUUCUUUUAAAUCUCCAAAUUUGAAUUCUUGUUUUAUUGGUGAGGUUUUGGAAUUGCCUGUGUUUUUUCUUGAGGGCAGAAGCAGCUAGGAAGUGUGGCUGUACUUUACAUCCUGCUUGGUUUUUUAUGAGUUACACAGCAAACAAAGCAAAGGGAAAAGGAUAUUAUCAUACUUGCUGAAAAAUAAAGUGCAAGCCUUUCAUAUUCCAAGGAAACAGGGGCAGUUAGAGAACAGAAAUUGGAUCUUUACAUGUGUUUAACAUGCCUAGAGAACAGGGGCAUGAAAAUGUGUUGUGUUGUAUGGUGUUGUAACUGAAGAACUUCUGGGUCAGUCUGUGAUCACUUAAUUUAUGUUUUCUAGCCCAUUUUUUAUGUGGUCUAGGCUAUGAUAGUAGCAAUACCAAAAGGAAGAGUACCUGGUUAUCUUUUUUUACUAUUAUUAUUUUGAGAUGUUGAUAGCAGUAGCUUAAUUCUUAGUCCUACUGAAAUUUGCCAUGAUGAAUAUGUUUGAGCAGGGUUAUUCUGCCAACUUUAAAAUGACUCAGCAUCUUGAGAAUGACUCUAAGAGAAAGUAAGUAUAUUAAUUUAUAAGAAAGGCUGGAUUCUUCUUAUUUAAGAGCAUAUCAGCAGUUGAGUUGUGGAUUUUAGUGUUGCAGAGGGGAAAGGAGCAAUAAGCAUUCACGUGGAGCAUAUGGCUGUUCCUUGAGAGCCUUUAACCUCUUGGAAAACCUGAUUUAUAUGGUAUUGAUCAAAUAUUUAUUAUUUAAAUUACCUGAAUACUCUGUGUAACAUGAGUGUCUUCCUGUCUGUUGGUCCUUGCAUGUCACCUGCCUGUGCAGUCAUCACCUGGACCAAGUUGUUCAGCAUGAUGCAACUCAUAGCAGUAGGUGAUGGGUUUCUGUCUUCCAGGUUGAACAUCAGUGGGAUCUUUGCUGGAGCAAGAUAAUGUCUUCAACUCAUUGAAGGAAAGGGAAUAUUUGUUCACACUUAUGAUGAUUUGACACAAUUAAUGUCAUAAUAACCAUGAUGGCAACACAGACAUUAAGUAUAGACAACUAUCAAGAUGGACAACAGAUGCAAGUGGUAACAGAGUUAAAAACUGAACAAGAUCCCAACUGCUCUGAAACUGAUGCUGAAGGGGUGAGUCCUGCCCCUGUAGAAUCUCAGACUCCAAUGGAUGCAGACAAGCAGGCCAUUUACAGGCACCCACUAUUUCCUUUGUUAGCACUAUUAUUUGAAAAAUGUGAACAAUCUACACAAGGCUCAGAAGGCACAACUUCUGCCAGUUUUGAUGUAGAUAUUGAAAACUUUGUAAGGAAGCAGGAGAAAGAAGGAAAACCUUUUUUCUGUGAAGAUCCAGAAACUGAUAAUCUGAUGGUAAAAGCAAUCCAAGUUCUGCGUAUCCAUCUGCUGGAGCUAGAAAAGGUCAAUGAACUCUGCAAAGAUUUCUGUAGUCGUUACAUUGCCUGCCUGAAGACAAAAAUGAAUAGUGAAACUCUAUUAAGUGGGGAGCCUGGAAGUCCUUACUCACCUGUGCAAUCUCAGCAAAUUCCAAGUGCCAUUGCAGGCACACUCAGUCCCCAAGGGAUCAUGGUGCCAGCAUCAGCAUUGCAGCAGGGAAAUGUAACUAUGGCAACAGUAGCAGGGGGGACAGUGUAUCAGCCAGUCACUGUGGUCACUCCACAAGGACAAGUGGUGACACAGGCACUGUCACCUGGCACUAUUCGGAUCCAGAACUCUCAGCUCCAGUUGCAAUUAAACCAAGAUCUAGGCAUCUUGCAUCAAGAUGAUGGCUCAUCAAAAAAUAAGAGAGGAGUUCUUCCCAAGCACGCUACAAAUGUGAUGAGAUCUUGGCUUUUCCAGCACAUAGGGCAUCCGUAUCCAACAGAGGAUGAGAAGAAGCAGAUUGCAGCACAAACAAAUCUGACACUACUCCAGGUUAACAAUUGGUUUAUCAAUGCUAGAAGGCGAAUUCUUCAGCCAAUGCUGGAUUCCAGUUGUUCUGAAACUCCAAAAACAAAGAAGAAAACAGCCCAGAACCGACCAGUGCAGAGGUUCUGGCCUGACUCCAUUGCCUCAGGAGUUGCUCAGCAGCAAUCGAACGAGCUCACGAUGUCAGAUGGUGCUGUCGUGACCAUCACAGCUCCAGUGAACAUGAAUGUGGACAGUCUGCAGUCCUUGUCCUCGGAUGGUGCUACCCUGGCAGUGCAGCAGGUGAUGAUGGCAGGGCAGAGCGAGGAUGAGUCUGUGGACAGCGCUGAGGACGAUGGGGGAGACCUCUCAACAGCAAACAUCAGUGGGCUGGUCUUGGAUAACAGCGACUCUCUGCAGUAGGAAGCCAGGGAGCGUGGAGAAAAACACUUGGGAGAAAGAAUGGACUGACUGACUGACUUUUUAUAGUUUGCACAGCAAACAUUUUACACAAGUUUUAUUUCUAAUAUGUUUUAUAUGUAGAUAUAGAAGGGUGCACUUUUUUGUAUUUCAUAGUAAGCUUAAAGAGUGUUUUUGCAGGUGCAGCAACUUCUUUCAAAUGUGUUUUGGUUUGUUUUUGGUUUUUUUUUUUGCGUUUCUUUUCCUUUCCUUAUUUCAGAAAAUUAUAUCUAGUAAUAUAAAGAACCACAUAAGCACCCCUUUGUUCUCUGAAUUGGAAGUGCUGCAGUUUCUGAUGAAUUAUGCAGUUUCAAUUAGUGCUGUUAUUUAACACAGCUUUUGAUGGGCAGGUGAUGUAAAUUUAAAGCAUGUGACACUAGUGUGUGAAACUUGAUAAUUGAGUUAGAUGCAUAUAUUUGAAAGAUGCUUCUGCACCUUAAAAACUGCUAGUCUGAGGUGGACAGCAACACACAUAAAAAAGAAACUGUUGAUGUGUGAUUCAGUAGAGAAUGUAUGGCAAUUUAAAUAAGUUUAGUUUCUCUCAUAGUCCAUAAGCCUGUUUAUCAUUUGCUAUGAAAACUCCUAUUUUUACCUUGCUGGGGUUAUUGGAUAAAAAAAAUAUUUUUAUAAAUUCACUAGAAAUUGGGAUGACAACUGUGUUAAGCAGGAGGUAAAAAAAAAAAAAUAAAUAAUUUCCAGAGGGGAAAAAUAAAUGUUUAGUAUUCCUAUUUGGAAGGUCUGAAAAUUGACCCAAUUUAAUAAACAAGCCUACAGUAGCAUUCUAUGAUUCUCAGCUAUCCCACAGUGAUAUACUAUAUUUGAUAAUAGGUAAGAAGGGCCCACUGUUUGAUGGGAUUUUGAUAUUGUCAAACAUUGAUUUAUAUUAUGUGUAAACUAAUAUUCAAAUUGCAUAACUCUGUAUCUAGACUUGUAUCUGAAAAUAUUUGCUAAAUGAGUAUUCAGGUAAGUAAGUUCAAAUACCCACAACUUUUCCAAUUAUUAGAGAAAUUUAACAAUUUAUAGUUUGUACAACUGAAUCUAAAAAAAAAAAAAAAGUUACCUACUAUACAGUCAUGGAUUCUGCUAUUUUAUUGCAUUUAAAAUAUUUUCCCCUAAUACAAAAAGAAAAAUAUAACAUGGAUUUAUAUAAAAUUUCUUCAGAUCUGAAGUUUAGUACCAGAAUAUACAGCAGGCUUUGUUAGAGUAGGAAAUCCUUGUGUGUCAUUUAAAAAAAAGAAGAGCUAAUGAUGAAAACAGCUGGGUUUUGGUUUGGUUUUGUUUUGGGAUUUAUUUUUUUUUUUUUGUUGUGGUAACAGUUCAUUUCUUUUAUUUACCCAAAGUUUGAAGUCUGUGAUUGUCUAUCCAUGAACACUUGCUUUUACAUGGAACUUUGUAUUCCCUGUUGUUGAGUACAAAUAAGAGACUCAAGAACAUCAUGGUAUGAUCAACACCCUCUUUUGUCCCUGUCCAUUUGUCACAGCGUUCAAAGCCAGAACUUCCUUCUGCUGUAUUCCAAAUCUGGGAAUAU